ACUGUUCCCCCACCCUUUCCCCCGGCACCCGGGCACUGGACUCCUGGACUCCUCCUGCCGCAGGGACAGUGCUCCAGUAGCACACAGACUGACGGACAGAAGGGGAGGUGAGGGAAGUGGCCUUCAGGACUGUGUAUGUUUCUGCCACUGUCCGUCAUAUUCCUUAACUGUGUAGUUUACAUUGUCAAUUUUAGGAAAAAGACAGCAUUAAGGGAGGAGAAGAGGAAUAUCCCUGAAGCUUUCUGCCCCCCAAUUCCUUUCAAUAGGAACUGGGCCUGGAGCCAACUGUUGAGCAGCUGCUCUGUGAGUGCCACACUGUGGGAGGGGGUGGGGGCCAUCAUGUCAUCGUAUCUGAAGGAAUUGGAGAAAUACAGAGACAUCGAUGAAGAUGAGAUCCUAAAGACCUUGAGCCCCGAGGAGCUAGAGCAGCUGGACUGCGAGCUACAGGAGAUGGACCCUGAGAACCUGCUCCUGCCAGCUGGACUAAGACAACGUGACCAGACAAAGAAGAGCCCAACAGGGCCACUGGACCGAGACGCCCUUUUGCAGUACCUGGAGCAGCAGGCACUAGAGGUCAAAGAGCGUGAUGACUUGGUGCCCUUCACAGGCGAGAAGAAGGGGAAACCAUAUAUUCAACCCAAAAGGGAAAUUCCAGCACAGGAGCAGAUCACUCUGGAGCCUGAGCUGGAGGAGGCCCUGGCCAAUGCCACAGAUGCUGAAAUGUGUGAUAUUGCAGCAAUUCUGGGCAUGUACACACUGAUGAGCAACAAGCAAUACUACGAUGCCAUCUGUAGUGGAGAAAUCUGCAACACCGAAGGCAUUAGUAGUGUAGUGCAGCCUGACAAGUAUAAGCCAGUGCCAGAUGAGCCCCCAAAUCCCACAAAUAUCGAGGAGAUAUUAAAGAGUGUUCGAAGCAAUGACAAGGACCUGGAGGAAGUGAACCUCAAUAAUAUAAAGGACAUCCCGAUACCCAUGCUAACUGAGCUGUGUGAGGCCAUGAAGACAAAUACCAACGUCCGGAGCUUCAGCCUGGUGGCCACGAGGAGUGGUGACCCCAUUGCCAAUGCGGUGGCUGACAUGUUGCGUGAGAAUCGUAGCCUCCAGAGCCUGAACAUUGAAUCCAACUUCAUUAGCAGCACAGGGCUCAUGGCUGUGCUGAAGGCAGUUCGGGAAAACGCCACGCUCACUGAGCUCCGUGUAGACAACCAGCGCCAGUGGCCUGGUGAUGCAGUGGAGAUGGAGAUGGCCACCGUGCUCGAACAGUGUCCCUCCAUCGUCCGCUUUGGCUACCAUUUUACACAGCAAGGGCCACGCGCUCGGGCAGCCCAGGCCGUGACCCGGAACAAUGAACUACGUCGCCAGCAAAAAAAGAGAUAACACUACCUUUGCCUUUACCAUCAACAACUGGGAGCCCUGAAUGCUAAAAUCCUCAUCUGUUCCCCUUUCCUGUAAAUAAAGGUCCUCCUGUCCACUC